UCGCAAACGUCAGCGUGAAAAACAAAGAUCUCUCCAAAGAAUUAAUUUCAUUGGUAGCAGUUUUUAAGUGGAAAAAAUUAUUUUAAUUCAUUUCUAAAGCUUUAUAAAUGCAUUUUUUGUAUAUAUACACACUCGCAAUAAUAAAUAUAUUCGUUACAUAUUUCAACUAUACUAUUAUGUGAAAGAAAUUUAUGUUAUACUUGCCUAAAGCGUACAAGUGUAACCCAAAGUCAUUAACAACACAGCAAGAAAAACAAAAGGUGUAAAAUAGUGAGACAAUUUUUUGAGUCGUAACUCGUAACUUCGAUAAAAAUAAGGAACCACAAACAUAGUAAAUAACAUAACAGCAGCCAACACAAAAUUAAAGAAAAUGUCGGAAUCGUAUGAUUAUCUAUUUAAAUUCCUAAUAAUUGGAAGUGCAGGCAGCGGCAAGAGCUGCUUACUACAUCACUUUAUUGAAAAUAAGUUUAAGGACGACAGUUCUCAUACCAUUGGUGUUGAGUUUGGCUCGCGCAUCGUCAAUGUUGGUGGUAAAUCUGUUAAGCUGCAAAUAUGGGAUACGGCUGGACAGGAGCGUUUUCGCUCAGUAACACGUUCAUAUUAUCGCGGAGCUGCUGGAGCCCUUUUAGUUUAUGAUACAACAUCCCGUGAUUCUUUCAAUGCACUCAAUAAUUGGUUGAAUGAUGCACGUACAUUGGCUAGUCCAAAUAUUGUUAUACUUCUAGUUGGUAAUAAGAAGGACUUGGAAGACGAACGCGAUGUCACGUUCUUGGAAGCAAGCACGUUUGCACAGGAAAAUGAAUUAAUAUUUCUUGAGACCAGUGCGAAAACUGGAGAGAAUGUUGAAGAGGCUUUUUUGAAAUGUUCGAAAACAAUAUUGGCAAAAAUUGAAAGUGGUGAGUUGGAUCCCGAACGCAUUGGCAGUGGCAUACAAUAUGGUGGUGCUGCGUUACGAAAUCUUCAAACUAGACAACGGAGCAUUAGUAAGCCAGACUGUGGCUGUCGCGUUUAAUUUAAUUGACAAAACAAAACAAAAAAAAGCUUAUUUCUUUAAUCUCAUUAAUUCUUUAUUAUAUGUAGAACUUAACGCAGUGAAAUAUUUAGAGAAGAUGUCGAUUUCACUGUUUGUAAAAACGAGCAAGCGUACGAAUUAUAUCUAUGUGUAGUGGCUAUAAAUUAAAAUGUAUAGAUUUAUGUAGGUAUAUGUAUAUGUAUGUGAUGAACAUUUAGGUUAUAUGCUAUUCAAAAAGUAUGAGCAACAGCGGUGAAUUCAAAUAUUUUUUUCUUAUUCAACCGCGGCACAUUAUUUUAAUCUCUCAACAUUCAAGUCUAAAUUCAUUCCGUAAACUCAAACAAUAAUUCGUUUUAGUUAUUCAUUGAUAUUAUUUACCUACUGUAUUUUCGAUCAUAUUUAAGUAAGAUACGGUAGUGUUUUAUUUUAUUUUUAUUAUGUAUUGAACGUUUUUUUUAUCUGUUUGUCAUUUAUUGGCUAUUUAACAUUACUUUAGAAAUAUUUUGAUCAAAUUUUAUAACUGUAAAAAUUAAGAUAGUAAGGUGUUAACAAGUAUACAUUUUUGUAAAUACUAAAGAAAAAUAUACGAAAAUAAACGAAAAAUACAUGUAAACGCUUUGCAAAAACCAAAUAACUAUUUAAAUUUCCAGAAAUACAUGACGUAAUUAUGAAAAUUUCUAUUUGACAAUAGAAUUAGUAAACGUAUUGAAAUAUAAAUUAUUUAA